AUGUCUGUAACCGGACAAUUCUCUUCCAAGAACCCGACAGUGAAAAGGAUUCUCAGAGAAGCCGCCGAGCUGGCUACUCAGCCAUCCUCUGAUUAUCAUGCAGCGCCUUUAGAGACAGAUCUAUUCGAAUGGCACUUUACACUGCGCGGUCCACCUGCACCUUCACCUUACGAAAGUGGCAUUUACCAUGGGCGCAUCGUCCUGCCGCCAGCGUACCCGCUGAAGCCGCCUUCAUUCCGUUUCCUGACUGCUUCUGGGCGUUUUGAAGUCAACCGGGAGAUUUGUCUGUCUAUCAGUGGACACCAUGAAGAAACGUGGCAACCUGCUUGGGGCAUACGCACAGCACUUGUGGCUAUCCGGAGUUUCAUGGAUACAAAUGCAAAGGGCCAGCUCGGCGGCAUGGAUGCGACUGAUGAGGUCAGGCGACGUUUCGCUGGUCAAAGUGCAGCCUCGAGAUGUCCUACUUGCAGCAAAAGCAAUGGCGAAAUCAUGAAGGACCAUGACACGUCGAUUCAAGCACUGGGAGAGGAGCGUGUUGACGCCGCUAUCGAUGUCCCACAGCAGUUGAGGCUCUCAUACAAGGGAGAAACGUCGGGCACCACGGACCAAGCAGCCCAAGCAUCGUCUUCGAAAGACGAGCCACUUGGUCAAGGUACAACUCAAGAGGAUAUUCGCCGUGAGCCUCCUCCAGUAUCAGCUGUAAUAUCGCCAGAAAUCUACCAGCAUGAGCCUGUGACGGGGGAACAUACCUUCAGACAGGAGCAGCUGCGACGACAACGAAUACGUGAAGAACAACGCCGUGCGCAACGCCGCAUAGACGAGAAUUUACCGGUUUGGCUGAAUCCAGCAAUCUACGCUAUCAUGGCCGCGCUGAUGUACUUGCUCUGGCGGAAGUUCAUGUGA